AUAGGAUUUACCUUUCUAAGUUCGCUUUGUCGAUGUAUCUGCGCCGGACCCAUCAUGGGGGCAGAAGUAGCCAUAGGUGUUGCAGCCGGCAUAAUAGCUUUUCUUGACUUCUCAUAGAAAAUAACUACCGGUGCCAACGAGCUAUAUGAUUCCAGACGGAAAGUUAGCAAAGAGAAGGCCCAUAUAAGCGAGAUUAUUAGCGACCUCAGAGACUACUCUUUAGAGCUUCAAUUAGAGUAGUCGGGUAGCUCAAAGCAUGAGCGAGCCCUGAAGGCUCUCUUAGCAGAAUGUUACGAUGUAUGCCUAGAACUCAUGGCCAUUUUUGAGAAGCUCAAGGCGCCAGACAGCUCGCGCUGGGCUGCUAUGAGGGUAACAUGGGCUGGCAUGCGCCAGAGGAAAGAGGUUGCGCAUAUCGAAGGUCGACUUGCCGAAUAUCGCAUGGAAAUGAACACCAGGCUUCUGGCAUUACUGAAUAUUAACACGUGCGGAAAUAGUGAACAUCAAUCAUCCGUCAAAAAGCAGUUGGACAACAUACAGAGUGAAGCUCAAACCAUGUCAUUGAGCUCUUCUGGGGAGCUAAAGUCUCUUCGAGUCGAUUUUGUGAAGAUCUUGGCAAAGCUGGAUGAAGACUGCAGUGCGAUGAUGCGAGUGAGGGCAGCACAACUACGACAUCAGAUGAUGGUAUCGAUCAUGAACAAAUCUCAAGAGAUGUCCAAGAACAUCAUUUCAACUCCCUUAAUGAAGUAUUUGUCAAGACUGAGCAUUUGA